UCAGAUUUAUUACUUCACCUGAAUUUCCUUGUAGAAUCCUGGUUGAUUUUUAGCCAACGCACGUGGAACAGGAGGAUGAACACCCUCUCUGAAGGAUAUAAAAGAAAGCAGCUGUCACGUAUCUCUGCAGGAUUCUUGGAAACGUCCAACUGUGCAGAUCAUCUCCAGCUACACACCAACGUCUCCUCAGACUUCGAGACUAAAUCCUCCAACAUGAUCUUGCUCCUCUUCUUGUUCGGUCUGGCUCUGGGUGCUGUGAUUCCUCCAGAAGACCAGAGAGUGAACCUACAGCGAGGCAACUGUCCUGCGUUCUGGUUCAGUUUCAACGGUCGCUGCUACAAGUACAUGGCUACACCGAUGACCUGGGCUCGUGCAGAACUCUUCUGUGUGUCACAAGGAGCCAACCUGGUCUCUAUCCACAGUAUUAAAGAACAGAAUUUCGUCAAUUCCCUGAUCAGGAACUUUGAUUCUGCUCAGACAUGGACCUGGAUCGGACUCAGUGACGUCCAUCUAGAAGGCAGAUGGAUGUGGUCUGAUGGGUCUAAAGUCAACUUUGUCUUCUGGAACACAGGAGAGCCAAAUAAUGCUGGAGGAGAUGAAGACUGUGCACACACCAACUUUGGCACAAGAUUUACAUGGAAUGACCGGCCUUGUUCAGACACACGGAGUUUUGUUUGUGCAUCUCGCAGAGUUUAUCCUUAACAGCAGAGAAACCUGCAAAAUGAAGACUCAAAAAUCAUAAAGUCAUUUCAUGAACCUUAAUU